AUGAGAUUUCACUUUCAUUUGCUCGGUUCCGCUUGGGCUCUGAUGGACGGAGGCGCGCGGCGCGUCUGCUGUGUUUUGGUGGUCGACAUUGUUGAGAAGAGCGCGUGCUCUUUCACAGGAUUACGUCAUAAUGUAGCAGUAUACUGUACUUUGCCGGUUGUCUAUUUGGAUUGUGGAUCCCAUUCUACCAGUAGAGGCGCUAAAGCCCUGCUGUUUCAUCAUAACACCGCUAGAGGCGCUGAGCGCCACAGCGCGGCUAUUCAUCAUCCUACCGCUAGAGGCGCUGCAGCACAAGCGCGCACCGACGCUCGCCCCUCUCGCAGUCCUCCUCACGGCAUUCCACAGCUGACUGACUCCGAGGGAUUAGUGAUGGGAAGUCCGCGUGCCAUUGGGUCCCUUUGGCCUUGGACGUUGCCUCCAGUUUAUACGUGGCAAGCUAAACACAACGUGCAAAACGCUGCGGCUCAACAGUGGAGAAAAGUCUGGAUCUUCAGUCAGGCAGUGAAAAUAGUCAUCCGUGGGGACAGAAACACAGGUAAAAGUGCACUUUGGCACCGACUUCAAGGGAAAAAGUUUCUGGAAGAGUACAUCCCCACGCAGGAGAUCCAGGUCACCAGCAUUCACUGGAACUACAAAACAACAGAUGAUGUAGUGAAAGUUGAAGUCUGGGAUGUGGUAGAUAAAGGGCAAAAGCUUCCUCUUCCAGAAGGUGUAGGGAAAGGGAAAAGACGCGGAGAGAAUCUGAAAUUGGAAAAUGAACCUCAGGAGUCGGAAACUGAGAUGGCUCUCGACGCAGAGUUCCUGGAUGUUUAUAAGAACUGUAACGGCGUGAUCAUGAUGUUCGACAUCACUAAACAGUGGACGUUCAACUACAUCCUUAGGGAGUUGCCAAAAGUGCCGACACACAUCCCAGUGUGUGUCCUGGGUAACCAGCGGGACAUGGGCGAGCACAGGGUCAUCUUACCCGACGACAUCAGAGACUUCAUCAACAGUCUUAACAGACCUCCAGGCUCCUCCUACAUCCACUAUGCCGAGUCCUCCAUGAAAAACGGCUUUGGUCUCAAAUACCUCCAUCGCUUCUUCAACAUCCCAUUCCUGCAGCUGCAGGUCAGAGGAAACUCUCAAAGGGCUCUUUAUGCUCCUCCUGGAGAUCUGUCGUCUUGCUCUAACACACCUACUGUAGUUUUCAGGGCUGCAUUUCUUGAGAUGAUGGAGUCACGCAAAGCUUACGGCUCUCCGGCACCCUCUAAUGGCCAGAGCCCGUCCUCAGGCUCCCAGUCCCCUGUGGUGCUGCCCGGUGCUGCCUCUCCCAGUAACUCCAGCCCCAGUACCCCACAGGCCCCUGUCCCGCUCCAGACCCAAUCCGCCCCUCCACCACCUCCAUCUAUACCACACCCUCCCGCACAGAUCACAGCCGCCCAUGUAUCCCAGACACCAUCACAAACCCUGGAGCCUUCGCCUACAGCACCGGUGCCCGCACCUGCCCAACCCGCACCUCCUCCUGCCCAGAAACGAGGCUUCAUCUCACGCCUGUUCGGAUCGUCUGCUGCAGAGACGUCACCGGACAAACCAGAAACUGCAGGUUCUGAAGGCCCGAAGUCCUCUGGAAAGGUGCAGAGUGUGGAUGAAUUUGUGCCGGAGGUGGGCCUGGACCGGACCUUUCUGGAAGAUGGUGGAACAGCAGCAGCGUUAGCAGUUAAAUCAAAGAAAAAACCUCCAGCAUCAGCUCCCAUCCUGGACAGUGAUAGUGAUGGAGAGGGACGGGGAAAUCCUCUGGUCUCCGGCUUCCAGGAUGAUUUAGAUCCGGAUGACAGAGCGCUGUCCCAGCCUGCCGUUAAAGCGGCGGUCCCGAGCAUAGGCGUCACCCUCACGAGUGAUGAUGAGGAGGAAGAUUCAUCUCUGCCCUCUGCUGCCCAGCACAAAGGCAUCGGCUCGGGGCCAAACUCAAAGGGAUCUACAGUGAAUUCUGUCAAACAGCUGCAAACCAAGUCAAAACCAGCAGAGAGACCCCAAAGCCUGAAAACCACAGCAGGACCUGCGGUGCAGCGAGAAGGCCUGAAGACAGGAGGCGCUGUUGAGGCCAACUCAGAUUCAGACCAAGAGGCUCCAGUUGCUAAUCAGAUCAUUUCAUUUGUCAUGGACGACCCUGAUUUUGAGAACGAAGAGCUUGAUGUACCUAAUAUCAAGAAGGGCACUUUUUCUGCACGAGAUGACUUAUCUGACCGGUCGGAUGAUGGGUUUGUGUUAGCUGGACUCCCAGAGCCCCCCAAACCUGUUGCCCCCUCAUUUCAGACCCUCAACAGCAACAUUGACCUGUUUGGCCUGGGAUUUGAAGAGACAAGACCUAAUAGUAAAGACAGCAGUGAAGACCAGGAAGAUAAUGAAAGCAGACACUCCACAAAGGACAAGAAAAAGAAGAAAAAGAAAAGCAAAGAGGAGGAUGAGAAAAGCAGCAAAAAACUACACAAACACAAGAAAAAGGAAAAAGAUGACGUGGGAAUGGGAGACGAGAAAGAAAAGAAGAAGAAGAAAUCAUCAAGGACCAAGAAAGCAGGAACUGUGGAUGAUCUUGAGGCCUUCCUGGCAGGUGGAGACGGACCAGGAAACAGUGAGGGCGGAGACUAUGAAGAACUCUAACCAAUCAGGGUUUGACAUCAACACCGUGUGACAUCGCCAGUACUAUGAACAUUCACCUUGGCAUCAACCUUUGAACUUCCGGUUGUUUCAGUCCAGGAUUUCCACCCAUUUGUAGACUGUACCACUACGGCUUUCCCUCAGGAUACGCUGUCACCUUGUUGAAACUGAAUGUUGAUUCCUGCUGGUAAAGAUGUUUUCCCAGAAUCCCACAAGGAAUUAAAGGACAUCCUUGGGGCGAAUAGCCGGUAACUAACGGUAUGUUUAAAGAAGUGCAGAUUCCCGUGUGUCUCUUGCGGCAAUCAUCUGCGUCUCUUAUGUGGCUGCAAAUGGAGGCUGCUGCUGGCUCCACACGCACCACUGAGAGCAUGUGAUGCAUCACGAUGUCAUCAUGGAAGCACACGCCUGGGAAAACCGUCUCUACACGCUCACUGUGAUAAAUAGUCACGCUCUCCUGGAUAUGAGUACACUGUUAAUACUCUCACCCCAAACCAGCAGAAGUGCACACCUCGAACACAUAUCAACUUCCUUUUUACUCUGCCUCAAGUGUGAUUGACUCCGAAGGGCCCUUGAUUUAUUUAUCUAUUCGUUUGGCAUGCAUAAUUUUUCCCACCACAUGAGAAAAGGAGAUGGGAAAUGAAUGCAUUGGUGCUGCACUAGCUCUUGCUGGCUGUUGGACUGCAUGCAAUUAUAAACAUACUUCCUGCGUAGCGUUUCACAACUACUGCUUUCAUGGACCAAAAAUGUUUGAGAACGCUAGUUUUAAACCGUAUGUUGGUUUUAUUGUAUUCAUACAGCAUAUAUGCAUUCCAAAGCCUUUGUUUGGGACCAUAAAUGGUUGUGUUUGCCUAUUUAUUGUUUUUGCUACCCUGUUUCACUACCCAAAGUAU